GGUUAACCAAAAGCGGUUAAGAUAUCAAAAGCGUGCCCACCCCUUGGUCCUCAGCCAAUCGGCCAUUCCCUCUGUGGAUCACCGAUAUCAAUUCCUUCUAUCGUGACCUCCUCCGAUCCCACACCGGCAGAGAUUUUAUAACCGCUUCCAUGGAUACCCCGCCAGCCUCGUCAACCUACAUAUCGGAAGACACCCCCCCCAAUUCUUGACUGAAGAGCAGUUUGACAGUAAAAUGCCUUAUGAACCAUCAAUGUCUGCUGAGAAAAGAGGAGCCUCUCCUGAGGCAUUAGCUGAAGAGGUACCAAAUCCGAAGAGAAUAGAACCAUCUGUAUUUGCUGCUUCAGGAGUGCCUCUCUAUGCUUCUUUUACUCAGCUUGUCAAUGAUCCAUCCAUCAAUAAUCUGGCUCAAGAACUAGCAGUAGAUCCGCAUCUUAUUCAGAUGGUAAAAGAUCUCCUGGAACCCCUCCAAAACGAUGGAAAUGAACAUGUUAUCUGCAAUCUUGAUGCCUGGAAACAAUUCGCAUCAUUGCAAAUUUGGCAAAAUCAAAAGCACUGUAGAGCAUUGAAUCAGUGUUUGCGACCAUGCCCACUUGAGACCGAUCCAAAGCAAGUUCAAGUGGCUCAACAAAUUGAAGAACAAAUGUCUUGUAUCAAGAAUAAUGCCUCUUUCAAACCUAUAUUAGGAGAUAGAGAGCCUGUUGCUAUGAUGAGGGCGGCAUUGAUAAUUUUGAUCACUUCUUGGAGUGGAAAAGAUGUGAUUGGGGAUCUGCCUGAACCAAUGAAUACGGAUGAGUUGUGUGACAGUGAUACUAGUUGUGAAUCUACAUCUCCUGACAGCGGCUGUGAUAGUGAAUAUAUGACAUCUCUUGACAGUGGCAAUGAUAGUGAAUCUACAACAUCUCUUGACAGUUGUUCCGAGGUAAAGUAUUACAAAAUCUUCUAAUUGCUCUUCCCUUAAAAAUUUAGGGCCUGUUUACUAACAAAAAUAUUUUUCUAUUUUCAUUUUCUGUUUUCAAGUCUUCAGUUUUCUGUUUUUCGUUUUCCAUUUUUUUGUUUUCCAAAUCAGAAAACAUGUUUACCAGUAGUUUUCAAUUUUUCAUUUCAUUUUUACCAAACAACGUUGACUUAAUAUUUGGAAAAAGAAAUGCACAUUCACAAACAUUUGAAAUAACACAAAAAAAAAUUAAUAUAAAUGUUUCCCAACAUUGAAAGUUCAAUAAGUGACAUGUUAAACAGAACAACAGUUGUACUUAAAUAUCUCAAACAUUAUAAUCAUCCCAUAUUCCAUUUGCAACACUUUCUCGAAUUUCGUGCAUUUGUUGUUGUUGAGACAUAUCAAAUUCAAGUGAUCCAUUUUCACUUGUACUUGUCUCCGUGUUAAAUAUCAUAUCAUCUUCCUCAUACUCCAAUAGCGUAUAACAUUCAUGGUUCAGGACUUCAGGUGCAAGACAAAUGCAAAAUCACAUAAUACGUAAGAAACACUUUCAAUGUUAAAGUGUUUUAAUAUAAAUGUUGGAUUCCCAGUAGCAUCUUUUUUUACCCGUUCAUAUAGCACAGUAAAAAAUAGUCUCUUUUUCAUCGGGACAUGUGGCAUCAUCUUUUUCUUCUUGUGUUAAACUCAUCUACCGCAACAAAUAUGGACACUCAUCUAUGGGAUAUACGGUACACAUAAAAUGAAGUAAACAAACUGGAAAGUUUGAUCCCAGGAAACGAAAUGUGCCCAGUGCAGAAACCUACACGGCCAAAUACUGCCCACUUUUGCCUUCGAGACAAAACUAAAAUACAAUUUCAGCUACAUGAAAAAUAGUUACUCUGUAUUACUCUUACUACUUUUUCGAAUACAAUCAAAGGAAAAAAGGUUGUUUAAUAUAUUAAAACGUAGUAUUGAAAAGUGGGCGUGCCCUUACUUUAUCCCAACCAGUAACUAUUAAUAAGAUAAAAGUGGCCUAAUUGCCCAUUUCUUUAUCCUAAGCAGUAAGUAACUAUUAAUAAGAUAAAAGUUGUCUGAAUUAUACUCAGAAGUCAGAUCCGUACAGAUUUCGGAACAAGUGACAAGCCACUGCUUAAAACCACUUAGCUAAAUUUAUCAAAAAAACAAAGUCAAUUUGUUAACAAGAUUUCAUUGAACCCUGCUUAACAAGAUUUCAUUGAAUCAUGCCACUGUGUUCAAUCUUAUUAUAACUAUCAACUGUAACUAGCAAUAUAAUGCUCAUGUGCACAAAUUAAUCCUAAUGAACUAGUUGCUUAUAUCAAAACAGUUUUUCGAAGAGAACAAAUUAGCAUAAGAAAUAAAACCAUCCAAUCAUUAAAAUAUAAACUAGCCGUUAGCCCAUGCUUUUAUUUUUUUAAACUCAGUACCAUUUUGUUUGCCCUCAUAUGUCUCAAUGCCUCAAAGUUGUGCUUGGGGCUAUCAACAAAGCAAAAAAGACACAUCUGUCUUUCAUGGGUGUGUUCUCUGUGAACAUUAAGCAUGGCUUUUGAGCUUGAAACAUUAACCACUGAACAAGAUUACAUUCACAUUUGAGAUAAUGGAGGACAAUUCUAUGCAUUCACAUAUAAAAGUAUGUAAAUUAAGAAUAUCCUGUCUAAUGUAGUGUGAAUUUUAAAAAAAGAUGUACGUAGUUAAUUUAGGACCAUUUUUUUGCUUCCAAACCAAGUGUUAGCAGGUAAUAAUGUCUUUUGCUCUUCAUCUCAGGCUUGCCGUAAAUGUUUUGUCUGAUCUUAGGAGAGGAAGUCAAGAGCCUAAAACUAUACCAAAAUAUGAAGUGAUCUUAUUAUUACCCAAUUUAAAUUGAUUAAGAAGCAUUCCAUACACGUCACAUACCUAUGUCAAAAAAAUUACCCUUAGGUUUCAUUUUUCACAAUCGAAAUUAUAGAUUUGAUUCCUAUAAAUCCACUCAUGUGGUACUUCAUUAUAUCACAUAUAUAAGAAUUAUACGAUAUAUAGAAAAUCCAUCUGUAUAGAUAUCAUCAUCUACAUCCAGAAAACCGAUUGCUUUGGAAGUAAAGCACCGAUGGAGGGCUAACCGAUGGAAGAUUUUGAAACAAGGGCUAUAUGCAAUUUCUCUAACACAAAUUAAUUUCUGAAAUUGAGAGGUUACCUUGAAGUCGUUGAAAGAGCAAGAGCCGACUGAAGAGGUGGGAGAUGCAGUGAUGUGUAGGUGGAGCUCCUACCAGCGAUUGCAGCCACUGAUAUUUAAGAGGUCCUUGGCGAUGGCUAGAAGUAAAGAUGCUCUUAGUAUUCAAGUCAGAGAGUGGUGAAGCAAAUAUGAUUCCUCUACUUGUUUAUGGUCCCUCCCUUAAGUUUUUCACUGAUAAAGUAUUGAAAGAUGAGGCAGCUGUUCAACUUUUAAAUGAGUUUCUUGGUACACUUUUUGUCAAUUCAGAACAUACCUGUAGUAAUCCUGCAUUGGAUCAUUUUGACAAAGUAAAAAAGGUUUGGGGACACCGUGACUUUCUUAGAGUUCUUUUAAAGGAGGAGGGUGCCCCCUAUCCAAUGAAGACAUGUAAGAUUUUAGCUAGCCGCAAACUGACCGAAUUCAUUGUACCUAAGAUUAGGAGUGAUCCUUCAUUUAAAGUUAUUGUUCAAUAUACGGAACCUGCAAGUAUGAUGAGGAGUGCCUUGAGUAUUAUAAUAGGAUUCUGGGCUAAUGAAGUUGCACUUCUUCCAUUGGUUUAUACAAUGGGUGGUCGUGCUUUCGGAGUAAAAAAAGUCAUCGGAGAUGCCCUUCCUAGUUUUGUGAAGGAAGCGAAAACUCAUUCUCCUUUGGGAGAAGAGAGAUGUAAGAAUCAAAUGUGCAUGGAGUCUCCAGCUUGCUGUAUCAUUGCUGAGCUUUGUCAAGAUGAAUCCAUUAGCAAAUUGGCUGACCAACUAACAAAGGUUCCAAAAGCAGUCACCUGGGCGGAAGAAUUCCUAGCAUCUCUUAAGGAUGAUGUUCCGGUAAAGUAUGCUCACUAUUUCAAGUAUAUUGAAAGACAUAGGUGUUCAGCAAUGGAGUUUUGGUUUGAGCCUGUCAUUAUCCUGCAGCUGAUUAAGGCAUUGAAGGAGUCAGCCCCCCUAGUCAAUGUUUUUCACAAGUAUUCAAAAGGAGCACAGCUUUUACGAUGUCAGGAACGAAUGAUUCGUAUAAAUAAAGAUCGUUUGCUGGGGUCGGUUGUUGAGAGUGAUUUUGUUAAUAAGAUGAGGAAAGCCUUGAGUAUUCUAUUCGGGUACUGGAGUGAUAAGGAUGUGACUCUGUUGUUUUCAAUAUUAUUUUCUCUUAGAGGUGAAAAGGAGACAUUUGCUGAGGUUGACUUGACAGAAGAGAGUGUUCAAUGUCUUCAUUACUUGACCAAUGAUUGUGGUGAUGUCGAGGGUUUGAAGAAUGUGCUAGCUGAUAACUAUCGUGAAGAUUCGGCAGAGUAUAUUGAUCUAUUUGAAAAGAUUAGGAGUAAGGAGCAAAAUGCUAUGAAGCUUGAUAAUGAUACGGAUCUGGCUUAUAUCGUAGUCAUAUUGAAGGGGCGUGACAUACUUUAUUUCAAAAAGACUCCAUGCGGAAGAACGGUGUGACAUACUUUAUUUGAAAAAGACUCCAUGCGGAAAUUAAUUUAAAAAAGACUCCUGCUUUGUGAUAUUACGUUGCUAAACUAAUGCCAAAUAGGACAAUGCUAAUUCUAGUUGUCUGAUGUCUAGUUGAACAAUAAGUUUUUUUUUCAUUAUGUUCAUCUUUAAAAACAGAUGCGAUACGUCUCUUUUGUGAAUUUGGCAAAAGCCGUUCUAAAGACAAACAUAAUGAAUAUAUACAUAAAAUAGAGAGUUGAAUGAUCGAUG